AUGAAAUCCUAUAAAUUUGUAUUGGCAUUUGAAAAUUCCAAUUCAAAUGACUAUGUUACAGAGAAACUAUUUGGUGCAUUAUCUGUUGGAACAAUACCAUUGUAUGAUGGUGCACCAAAUGCAAAGAAAUUUGCACCUGAUAAUAAUUCAGUUAUUUUCACAGAAGACUACGGUACACCCGAGAAAUUGGCAGAAUAUCUCUUGUAUUUAGAUAGGAAUGAUGAUGAAUAUCAAAAGUAUUUCGAGUGGAAGAAAAAAGGACCAACAAAAGAUUGGACUGCAAUGGUAGAUAUAGCUAGAAUAGGUGCUAGAUGUCGUGUUUGCUAUAGAUUAGCUGAUAUGCAUCGAAAAGAUGUUGGUAUGGUUUUUGGUGAUAGUGAUCAUCGUGCUAAAUAUAUAAGAGUACCUAAUGAUUGGGAUCCGUCAAAAGGAAUUGUUGUUUAUAUAAGACAUAGAGGAACAUUUUGGUUUUAUUCGGUUCCGAUUCCCUAUGGUACAAAUGCUAAAGAAUUUCAAAGAAUUAUUGAAACGACUAUUCCUUGUCCACAUUGUCCAAAUGAAAAAGGUGAAUUUUAUGAAGCCUAUGAAUACUGGACAAGAUCACAGAUUCUACAUGAGAAAAUAGAUUCACCAUUGGAGAUUACACUCACUCAAGAGAUGGAGAUAGAAGUUGUCUUUAUUGAUAUGAACUUUUAUUUUACAAAUCACAAAUAA